AUGAAUUAUGUGCGAAUCCCGGGCAAGAAAACCUCUGGUUCCUUCCGACUGCCUAUUAAGAAUGUCUACAAUAUCCCCGUUGUAGAGGGCAGCUGCUGGCUGGGUAUGUACGCGACCCUGGCCCCGAGCAACAUCCCCGCGCAAGUGCAGUCCAUCAAACAACAUCACGACGACAUGGACGAGUGCACCGACGGCGACGCCUUCAACAUCCGCCGCGGCAAGGUCGUCAGCGACUCUGACGACCCCGCAAGCAACUGCUCCUCUUUCACCGCGCAGGUCAUCAUCACCAAUCACCCUGGCUGGAUCAAAUCCGGGUAUACGCCCAGCGUGCACUGCGGCACCGGGCAUGUGCCGUGCAGAUUCGACAUCCUGCACGUGCUGGACAGGCGGACGGGCCGUGUACACCACGGCAGGGAGGAUGUGAAGCUUGGUGAUGCUGCUAUGGUCCGGAUGACGCCGUAA